UUCUACCACGGGACCCACAACAACAAUUGAUGGACCAAAAACAACAAUUGCUGAACCUACAAAAACAAAUCCAGGACCAACAACAAUAACUGCAGGAACGACAAUUACUACUUCUGAACAGAUAACACCAACUGAAGGACCCACAACAUCAACGGCUGGACCACAAGCUACUGCAGGACCAAAAACAACUACUAAAGGACCAACAAUAAUGACUGCAGUUCAAAUAACUACUACAGCCGGGCAAAAAUCAUCAGGAUCAACAACCGCAGGAACAUCAACCAUGACAGCAACACCUGCAACACCGUCUGCAGGAGAAUCAACAACUGCAGGACCAAUAACAACAACUGCAAGACCAACAACAACUGCCGGACCAACCACAACAAUUUCAGGAACGACAAAGUCAACUGUAGGACCCACAGCGAUAACUGCAGGACCAAUAAGGACAACAGCAGGACCAAAGGCAACCACUGAUGAACCAAAAACAACAACUAUUGGUCCCAAAACAACUUAUGCAAGACCUAUAACAACAACUGCAGGACCAACAAUAAUGACUGUAGAACUAAUAACUACUACAGCCGGCCCAAAAUCAGCAGGAUCACCAACCGCAGGAACAUUAGCUAGGACAGCAACACCUGUAACAACGCCUGCAGGAGAAUCAACAACUGCAAGACCAACAAUAAUGACUGAAGGACCAACAACAUCUGCAGGAUCUACAGCUGCAGGACCAGCAACAAUUACUGUGGUACCAAUGACUACUACAGCCGGUCCAAAAUCAGCAGGAUCAACGACCGCAGGAACCUCGACUGGGACAGCAACACCUGCAACAACGUCUGCAGGACAAAUAUCAAUAACUGCAGGACUCACAACAACUACAGAAGAACUCACAAAUACCAAGGCAGUAUCAGGAGCUGCAGGACCAAGAACGACAAAUUCGGACCAAAGCUCACCAAAUACAGGACUGAAACCAACAACUGCAGGACCAAGAACAACAACUUCAGGAAGAACAAAAACAUCUUUAGGAUCAACAACUGAAGCACCAGCCACAAUAACAGGACUAUCAACUACUAUAACAGCAAAUAUUACCAUUUCUGGACAAAGAAGAUCAACUACAGGAACAGCAACAACAACUGCAGGAACAACAACUGCAGCACUAUUUACUUCUACCACUGGUUCCACAACCACUGUUAGACCCACAACAACAACUGCAGCACCAAAAACAACAACUGCAGUAACCACAACUACUUCUGCAGGAUCCAAAACUGCAGGACCAGUAACGACAAUUACUGAACCAACAUCAACAACUGCUGGACCAACAACAACUGCAGUAACAUCAUCAGGACCAUUUACUUUUACUGAAAGACCACCAACAACAACUUCAAGAAAAUCAACGAAAAUCUCUAAACAAACAACACUAACGGCAGCAACAACAAAUGCUGGACCAAAAACUACAUCUACAGGAUCAACAACUGCAGGACCAGUAUCAAAAGCAUCUGAACCAACAACAGCAGCUAAAGGACCAACAACUACGACAACCGAACACACAGCUGCAGGACCAACAUCAACGACAUCUGCAGGACUAAAAACAACAUCUGACGAACAAAAAACAGCAACUAUAGGACCCAAAAUGACAACUGCAGGAUCAACAAUUGCAGUAACAACAACUACUAAAGCAGAACUCACAUCAACAACAGAAGAGUCAACAAUUACCACAACAGGACCCACAAAAUCAUUUGCAGGCCAAACAUCAACAACAAAUGCACUACCAAAAUCAACAACAAAUGCAGGAACAUCAUCAACUGCAGGAAAAUCUACUAUCACUGCAAGACCCUCAACAAUAACUUCAGGAAAAACAUCAACGGGAGGACAGACCAGGGCAACUGCAGGAACAUCUGCAGGAUCAACAAUUGCAGCAACAGCAGCACUGACUGCGGGAUCAACAACUGCAACUACUGAACCAAAAUCAGCAGCUAAUGGACCAACAACGAAACCAAAAACGAAUACAGUACCAACAACAUCAACUGCAGUACUAAUAACUACUAAAGCAGCACCCACAACAACUGCAGGACCAAUAAUGACAACUGCUGAACUGACGUCAAGAACUGUAGGUCCCACAACUUCAACUGUGAGAACAUCAACAAUUGCAGGACUUAUUAUCAUGACUGCAAGACCAACAAUAACAACUGCAGGAUCAACAACAACGACUUUAGGACCAAUAACAACAAAUGAAGGACCCACUACUUCUGAAGAAGGGACUUUGGAGAUUACAUUUAGUUUAAUGCAAACAUUUAUUGAACAAUACUCAGAUCCUACCUCCACAGAUUUUCAGGUCCUCUCUAAAAAUGUUACAACAGAGAACAACAACUGCAGAACAAACAACAACAACAACUGCUGGAUCAACAACGGUUCGAGCAGUACCCACAACAACAACUGCAGGACCAACAAUGACAACUACUGCAGGACCAUUAACUUUUACAGCAAGACCCACCACAACAACUUCAGGAACAACAACGGCAGGACAAACCACGACAACUGCAGGACCAGCAACAACAACCUCAGAAUCAACAAUUUCAGGAACAUCAACGACAACUGCUGA